GUCAAACUCAUGCAAGUUGCAUGAGCAGCCUAUACGAACUUCAAAGAGGGGGGGGGAAAUCAUUAAUUUAUUUUUUUUUUGACAGAAGGUAUAAAACAACUGGCUCAUAAGAGGUUACUGCAUGUGAUGGUCAUCAGCUGGAAGUUUUAGUUUUAUCUGUAAAGUCAGGAAACCUUCAGCACGACAGCAACAGAAAAGUGGACUUGAGUGCCUGCGUGACUGAGGAGUGUCUAUCCUCCCCCUCCCCUGAGAGAGAGGAGAGAGAGAGAGAGUGGACUGGGGUCUCCUCAGGUGUUUGGCUUCAGUCAUGGCUGAGAACUCAGAGAAAGUACCGAUUGCCUCGGCGGGACCAGAGGACCUGCAUCAGUUCAUGCCUCCGGCGUACUCCGCCUUGGCGGUCAAACCCGCCGCCACCGGCCGCCUCCUGAAGGCCGGGGUCGCGGUGCUCAUAACCGGAGCCCUCCUGCUUCUGCUGGGAGCCGUCGGAGCCUUCUACUUCUGGAACAACAAUGAAAACCAUGUCUACAAUGUCCACUACAGCAUGAGCAUCAAUGGCAAAGUGGAAGAAGGUUCAAUGGAGAUUGACACUGCCAAUAACAUGGAGAGAUUCAGCACCGGCAGCGGAGCAGACGAGGCCGUGGAGGUCCAUGACUUCGAGAUUGGAAUCACAGGGAUCCGGUUUUCAGCAGGAGAGAAGUGCUACAUCAAGACACAGGUGAAAGCUCAUCUACCAGACGUGGAGGCUCUGAACAAGGAAUCAAUGACGUUUGAGCUGGAGGAUGAAGUGAUCCCGGCCAAGUUCGACGAUGAUCUGAUCUGGGUAGCGGCUGAAACGCCCCUCUCGGACUCUGGUUUCCUCAGCAACAAGAUCAAGGACUUGUGCGGCGACCUGCCAAUCUUCUGGCUCCGUCCCACCUUCUCAAGUAGCGGCCAGAGGAAGAGGAGGGCUGCCCCCCGUCAGCGCCGCCAGGCAGCUGGAGCCGCAGGUCAGGAGGAGGUGGAGGAGGACGUGGAAGCGGAGUUCAACCCUGAGAACCCCUAUCAGAGAGGCCUCGAGGGCGAGCAGGACAUGAACAUCGACCCCAGGCUGGACCACGAGGGCGUGUGCUGCAGAGAGUGCCGCCGCGGCUACACCCACUGUCAGAGGAUCUGCGAGCCUCUCCAAGGCUUCCACCCAUGGCCCUACCACUACAGAGGCUGCAGGGUGGCCUGCCGAGUUAUCAUGCCCUGCAACUGGUGGGUGGCACGCAUCCUGGGUCUGGUGUGAGCCUCCCCGCCCACGUGAGAGAUGGUAGAGUGCAGGAGGGGUGGGGGAGGAGAGAUAGGAGAAGGAUAAAGUUUAGAAAAGGAAGAUGGUGGCUUCUCAUCCUCAGCAGGUUGCUGUGACCACACAUUAUCAAUGCAUGGUAAAGAAUCUAGGGCAGUCAUGAUCUCACACACACACACCAUACUCUUGAUUUCCAUCAAGAUCACACAGCUUAUGAUGUGCAGCUCUACACCACAUAAAAAGGAAGCAUGUAAAACUACCCGCAUUUAGGAAAAGCAAGGUGAGCUUGUAUUUUUAGAGCUGAUAAGCAGCCUUUUUCAUUAAUUUUUUGCUUUCUGUAAAUAAAUGUGCCUUCAGCCAAUAAUAGCAGUCUUAACUCGCAUCUUAAACGCAUGUUUUCCAGCCCUUUAUCUCUUUCGCCUUCAUGAGAAGCUCUCAUUAAAACAAUGUACUGCA